GCCGCUUUAGAAACUGAGAGAGAUCUAAUAUUUGAAGUUUUAAGCACCAUUCCCAGUCGAAAAGAAGCUCAAUCCUUUCUUAAAAGGUUUUCAAUACCUUAUAUGAAACCACCACCAAUCCCCAAAUCUAAAGUUCCCAAAGUAUCUUUACCCGAUAAAAAAUCAGAUCUUGAACUUAAAAAUAAUAAUACUAAACAAAAAGAAUUGCAAAAAGAACAAUUUAUCGACUCUUUAUUUUCAAUUGAAUUUGAUCAUGUUGCUUUGAUAAAAAUUCAAGGUCCAUUCACUCCUUUACAUCUAAAAUCUGUUGCUAAAACAUUAGUUCAUUUACAAAAAUUGGGUUUAAUGUCAAUUGUUGUCUUGGAUAAUGAUGAUUGGAAAGAAAUGAUAAAAGAAGGUCCAUCUCGAUUCAACGAAUUGAGAGCCUGGAUGAUAAAGGAUGCCGAAAAUAUUAGUGAAGCAAUUGAAAUAUGUGGAGGAAAUUCUAUUCCAAUUUAUGAUAGUGUAUUUAAACUUACAAAUGGUACAAAUAAUCUUAUUCCUAAAAAGGAUACAAAUAAACAACAUCGUUAUUUCAAACUUCCUGGACGAACUUUAGCAACUGAUGUCGACGCAAAAAUAAAUGUUUCAGUGCAUUGGCUUAAAUGGUGUUAUGAAUUAGGUCAAAUCCCUCUUAUUCUUCCCAUAGCUCUUGAUGGUUUAUUAAUUCAAAGAACUAUUCCUCCAAAUUCUGGUUUGAUUGAAUUAUCCCGUGCUUUAUCUAAUCAUUCUAAUGCUAAUUUCAUGCAUCUAAAAACUCCUGAGUUAGAACCAAUGAAAAUCAUUGUUAUCAACUCGGAAGGUGGAAUUCCAUCCGAGGAUCGUAAAGGUUCUCACGUUUUUAUUAAUAUUCAACAAGAAUAUGAUUAUCUAAAACAAAGUUAUAAGGUCAAUCCACAUUGGAAUUUCACUCAUCCAACUGGCCUUGAAAAUUUGGAAAUGAUAAAAUCUUGUUUGGAAAAUCUUCCUUCUACUUCUUCGGCUAUCAUGGUUCCUGCUUAUUCUUCCGCUACACUAGUAUCUAAUCUAAUUACUGAUAAACCACGAUUUUCAUCUUCAUUACCACUUACAACUUCGCCAUCAACAACUACAACAGUUUUGCGUUAUGGUGCACCUGUAAUAUUUCAUCACUCACUCUCAACCAUUAACAUACCUUCUUUCCAGUCACUAAUUGAAAAAUCAUUUCGUCGUAAGUUGAAUAUCGAUGCCUACUUGUCAAGAUUAAAAGAUUGUUUAGAUAUGAUUAUUGUCGUUGGUGAUUAUCAAGGUGCGGUGGUAGUUACUAUGGAGGAUGUUGAAGGUAAUAAAAAAGGUGAUUUGCCUUAUUUGGAUAAAAUUGCGGUUGCUCCUAAUUCUCAAGGAAUGGGCAUUAAUGAUAUACUAUGGAAACAAUUACAACUUCAUUAUCCAAACUUAUCGUGGAGAUCGCGAGGUGACAAUACAGUUAAUAAAUGGUAUUUUGAAAGAUCAGACGGUAAUCUUCGUAUUCCGGGUACCAACUGGGUUAUGUUUUGGUAUGGUUCUGAUGCGAUCGAUAAAUUACAUUUAUAUACUGAUGUCUUUAAAAAGAUCCCUGCAUCAUUUUUUUAA